AGUCUUUCACCCCCCCUGCCCGCGGACUGAAGCAGUCGCUAGAGUUUCAUCGUCUGCUUUUAGUGCUUUCUUCUAAGCACUGGGGGUUUAGGUUAAGAACCUGUGCAGUGACACAUUUUGCCUCUGGAAAGAAAAGAGAAGGGGGGAAAGUUUGAAAGGUUUUCCAAAUUUCCUGCGCAAACGGCACGAGAGGAUUAAAUGCAGAGGCUGGAGUAAGGAGAGAGAGAGAGAGAGAGAGAGAGAAAAACAAAAGGUUUGAGCGUAAAAGUUCAACAACUCAAGUUCAUCAACUCUGUGAGGCGAAUUGAACGACUCCAGACUCUUUUGUCUACGACAAAUUUAUUUAAUAAGGAGAUAAUAAGCGGUUUGUCUUGCGCGCGCUGCAAGCAGGGCGCGUGCCUUAAGUUUGCGCGCUUGUCAAGCGAUCGAACGUUUAAUUGACACCUGUUGCAUUGUCACGCGCGAAACUGCACUGUAUCCCGGUAAGUGGUUCGAACAUUAAAAAAGUUGAAUUCGAGUGAUUUCUCUGGAACUUUUGUGGAAUGGACAGCGCCGGACUGUUUGGGGAGUAUGUUCUUCAGUUUGUAAGUGUAUAAAUGAGAGAGAAAACACACGGGGAACUCGAGCGCCAAGUUAAAUCUUUCUGAGGUGGAAUUGUUACAUAUUUUCAGAAGUAACUCCUACUUUGUGUGCGGUUAAAAAAAAGUAACUCAAAGAACAUCACGUAGAGCAGAAGACCAGGUUCAGCUCUCAGGACUUCAGCUUUGGAACUUUAGAGAAACUUUUGAGGACUGAACGUUGGUUGAAGUCGGCAAACAAAGAAGGCUUUUCCCAUUUCUUGGACCAGGAAAUAUGGAUGUGAGGAUGAACCAAAGACAUCUACUUCUGGCCGUGACCCUUAUCGCCUGCAACUCACAGCUGCUGGUGGUCGCCAACUCGUGGUGGUCAUUAGCCAUGAAUCCCAUCCAGAGGCCGGAGAUGUACAUCAUCGGAGCGCAACCUUUGUGCAGCCAGCUGAAUGGCCUGUCUCAGGGCCAGAGAAAGCUCUGUCAGCUCUAUCAGGACCAUAUGGUUUAUAUCGGAGAGGGGGCGAAGACGGGCAUCAAGGAGUGUCAGUACCAGUUCAGGCAGAGGCGAUGGAACUGCAGCACGGUGGACAACACAUCGGUGUUCGGGCGCGUCAUGCAGAUAAGCAGUAGAGAAGCGGCUUUUACCUACGCCAUCAGCGCAGCAGGAGUAGUGAAUGCGGUAAGUCGGGCAUGCCGUGAGGGCGAGCUUUCCACCUGUGGCUGCAGCAGAGCGGCCCGUCCCAAAGAACUCCCAAGAGACUGGCUUUGGGGUGGCUGUGGAGACAACGUCAACUAUGGCUAUCGUUUCGCCCGGGAGUUUGUGGACGCCCGCGAGCGGGAGAAGAACUACCCACGUGGAUCAGUCGAGAAUGCGCGCACACUUAUGAAUAUACAGAACAAUGAAGCCGGGAGAAUGGCAGUGUACAAUCUGGCCAACGUCUCAUGCAAAUGUCAUGGCGUCUCCGGUUCAUGCAGUCUGAAGACCUGUUGGCUCCAACUGGCCGAUUUCCGUCGUGUUGGUGAGUUCCUAAAGGAGAAGUACGACAGCGCCGCCGCCAUGCGUAUUAGCCGACGAGGCAAACUGGAACUGGUCAACAACCGCUUCAACCCCCCAACACCUGAAGACCUGGUCUACAUCGAUCCCAGUCCAGACUACUGCUUGCGUAACGAGACCACAGGCUCCCUGGGCACCCAAGGCCGUCUUUGCAACAAGACCUCUGAGGGAAUGGACGGCUGCGAGCUAAUGUGCUGUGGUCGUGGUUACGACCAAUUCAAGACCUACAAACAUGAGCGGUGUCACUGCAAGUUCCACUGGUGCUGCUAUGUCAAAUGCAAGCGCUGCACAUCACUGGUAGACCAAUUCGUCUGCAAGUAGCACCCUGGGAACGGGACAGAAGCCCUGGAGAGGCACUGAGCAAUUAGUGGGAAACAAAUAGGACCCUUGGCGGACCCCUAGGGGGAACUUAGAGAUAAUUAAAUGUAAAAUGAAAUAUUAAAUAGCGACAAAUUAAAGUAUAUAAAUAAGUGUACGUGUGCCAUUGAUAGUAAUUUUAUUAAUGACUUUUUCUGACUUAAGGAUCAAAAGUUGGACGUCAUUGAUGAAACGGAGGCACAGAGUGCUCGUUUAUGUUGUCGUCAAGGUGUUCUCUCUACCGAUAGUACUCGGCAAACACGCUCGUGUUUGAAUCAAAUGACGGUGUGACCCUCUGCCGUCUUUAGAAGGAAGAGCCUACAAACUCUUAAGAGACUCUGGAAAGAGGAUAGAAAACAACAUGGCACACCGUCCAUCGCCUUUUCUAGACCUUUGUUUCACCACUUGCUUUGAGACUGUGCUGAUUCAUGACCAGACCUCUACAAACACACUCCACCUUGCCUAUAGCAGAGCUCUUAAAACCUUAAGUCAAAUGGGGACACCAGGAAUGCAGAGAAACGCAGAGUUAUUGGACAUUGUGUUCUAUGAUGUCAUGUUGAUCUUUGAGAUAUGGCAGAACAGCAUGCUGCUUCUAAACCUCAUGUUAUGCAAGCCACUCCCCCCGAUUGAAUCUGUAGAGACAAGUGAAAGAUGAAACCAGGAACAAGUACAACCUGAGAUGGAGUUUAAAUCACCACAGACACACAAAUCUUUUCCAUACAAUCUAAAACGUCUGUCAUUUGAGUUUUGACACAAAGAAUCCUUAAUAUAGGCUUUCAAAUAUCUGUUAUAAAAUUGUUAUGCAUUUCAGGGUCUUCCAAACGUCAUAUCUUGUAUUAGAGCUGAUUUUGAGGAGAAUAUUGUGUUGUUCUGUCACAGUGAUGAAUGUGUGUGUGGAAAAAAACAACAAGGCUACAUGAUAAGGACUGCAAAAAUAUUAUUAUAACCAAAUACUAGUGGUUCAGAUUAUAUUUUAUUAAUUGCUUCUCAUUGUAUACAUCAUAUGUAUUGUUCUGAUUAUAAUUUUUUCGAUAAAGAAGCUUUUUACUGGGGAUUUAUAUAAUAACAGAGGAGGUAUUACUGGCCCCCGGAUGAAAUCGGCAAUCAUAACCAACCAUUUCCACUGUCAGGCCUUUUACUUAAUGAGACAAAAGAUAUUCUGUUCAUGAGUGUUUUGGAGGAAAACUACAAUUGUAAAUAACAGUCAAGACAUACUGUAUUUGAAAAUAACACUUAGAAAUGUCUAUAAUUUCUAUGACGUUACGUGUCAGUCCAAAAUGUUUGCUGCCCUGUGAUCAUAUGCUUGUUGUGUGUAUUUCCCCCUCAUUCAAACCAGUAAUAUUAAAACUAUUAAUAGUGAUUAUUAUUACAAACAUAGCUGCUUUAAUUCACUUUCACUCUCUGUGUUUUUCUGUUUGUUCUGUCUUUGUUCAUUUACUGAUUUGAUCACAAUUAUAAAUGAGUUAUAUAUUGCGCAGUUAUGCGCAAUCUAAUAAGCGUACUAAGUGUGUAAAAGUCAAGACAAUGAAAGUAGUAUUAACCGUUCCUAUGACUUAAAGGUAUAGUUCACUCAAUAAUGAAAAUCCUCUCAUCAUUUACUCACCCUUAUGCCAUCCCAGAAGUAAAUUACUUUCUUCUGCUGAACAAAGAUUUUUAGAAGAAUAUCUUAACUUUGUUGGUUAAUACAAUGCAAGUGAAUGGUACCAACAAUUUGAAGCAGCAAAAAGCAUAUAAAAGUAAUCCAUAAGACUCCAAUGGUUUAAUUUGUGUCUUUAGAAGCGAUAUGAGAGGUGUGAGAGAGAAACAGAUAAAUAUCAAAUUCCUUUUUUACUUUGCAUUCUCCUCUCUGCCCAGUAGGUGGAGAUAUGCAUGAAGAAUGUGAAUUGCCAAAAACAAAAGAAGUAGAAUGUGAAAGUGGAGAUUGAUAGUAAAAAAGGACUUAAAUAUUAAUCUGUUUCUCAACCACACAUAUUAUAUCGCUUUUGAAGACAUGAGUCAAACAAUUGGAGUCUUAUGGAUUACUUUUAUGCUGACUUGAUGUGCUUUUGGAGCUGCAAACGUUUGGUACACAUUCACCUGCUUUGUGAAGACCUACAGAGAUGAGAUGGCAUGAGGGUGAGUAAAUGAUGGGAGAAUUUUAAUUUUUGGGUGAACUAUCCCUAUAAAGAUUCACUCAUCCUAUUCAUUUUCAUAGAUAUUUUGGUAACACUUUACUAAAAGGGAAAAUAAUUAGGUAUCAUGAACUUACAAAUGAACAAUUCGUUUUUAUAUCAUUUAUUUAUCUUGGUUAAUGUUAAUUUAUCAAAGUACUAUUGUUAGUUCAUAUUGCAUUAACAUAUGUUAGCUUAUAACAUAAAGAAAA